AUGAUUCUUAGAGAACCGAGUGCCGAUAAUUAUGCAUGGAACUGGAAUCAACGGAUUCUUGUUGGGUGUAAAAAUGCAUUGACGGAAAGAAAAUGCGAUGAAAAUUUCAAAAAAUCAUACUUUGCAUGUCCGGAAGCUAUAGAGAUUGUACCUCGUAAAAAAGAAGAGCUUUCCAAUCAUGAUAGAGCGCAUUACGAUCUGGGAUUUGAAGUAGAUGAUCGUUUUCUACCGUAUUACGAGAUUUUUUAUGACCUCUCAACUUGUUCCGUUAUUUGGACUAAACACGAGCUACUUGGAAGUGCCUUCGAUCAAACCGCAAAACUUCGUAGAGCCGAAACUGAUUUUAGAUCGUUUCCAUGUCCGGAUGUGGAAUUCAGUACUGCCUACACUCAGUUGAAGCAAAGUGAACAACCUCAUCUUGGAACUAAUGAAUCCUUUUAUUAUCAAAAAGGACACUUGACACCGGAUCACGAUGCUCCCUAUUAUUGGUGGAAGCUGGCAACGUUUUCUUAUGGAAAUGUGGCACCGGAAUGGAUUACAAUAAACGGUGAAGGUGGCAACUGGUUCAUGCUGGAACGAUUCGUUUACCGGUUGGCUGUGAAUGACAGAAAACGCUACGAAAUAUUCACCGGAGUACUGCCGUACGAUCCGCCAAAAUACUUGGUCCCGGAAGGAAAAAUUUCCAUCCCGCAUUGGUUUUGGAAGGUUGUUAAACACCAGACUCAAGGAGUUGUCGUUUUCGUGCUCAACGAUCCGAACCCUUCUGAGAGUGAUGUGGCGAAGAAGUUUUGUCCAGAAGAUCAGUGUGCAGCUCUCGGUUGGGAAUUUCCGAAGAACAGAUCGAAAGGUUUAGCUCAUUGUUGUUCGUACGAAAGCGAGGUCCUCAAUCUAAUACCCCAACAGGCUUCAUUUGAAGAACUUCUGACGUUACCCAGUUAUACAAAUAAGAAAACAGCCAGGAGAAGACCAACUGAAACAAUACCGCUGACGUAA